ACGUCGUACGUAGAGGCGUUCGGUUAGCAAAACCGCUAAUGCCUUUUCCUUUCAAGCCACUUCUGUCGAUUCAUUUUUGCAGAGAAGGAAACCGUGCAAAGCCAACAUGAGGUACAUCACGUAAUUUUUUGACGAUUUACUUUGGAGCUACCUUAACAGUGCGGGCUCAGCAGUCCUCCUAAUGCAGUGGUACCUCAGUGGUUAAGGUAGUAUAUAAUGGGUGAAUUCUCCAUGCAGGAGCAGCCUUUAGUAGAUUAAUCUUAUUCUCUUCUGCUAUCAUCCCGACUGUGGCUCCAAGCUAUAACUCAUCAUGACCAAUCACCUUGAGCUGUUAAAUGAGCUGCAACAGCUUGACAAGGCACCAAGUCUUGAACGGCUGCGAGCAGCUCAGAAGCGACGCACCCAACAACUGAAACGAUGGGCCAUAUAUGAAAAAGAGAUGCAGAACAGGAAGCGCAAGACUGACAGAAGACGUGGAAAUGGAAACCACGGAAAUGCUGCAGAGAUUCGUAAACGGGUGUCAUUUGCAGCAAAUGUGGCAUUGUUAGAAGCCUCAGCAAGGAAUGACCUGCAAGAAGUGAGAUACCUACUAAAAUACAGUGUUAGUCCUGAUCUCUGUAAUGAAGAUGGUCUCACUGCAAUGCACCAGUGUUGUAUAGAUAACUAUGAAGAGAUGGUUCAGGUGUUGUUGAGUCGAGGUGCAAGUGUCAAUGCUCAGGAUAAUGAGCUGUGGACACCACUUCAUGCUGCAGCUACAUGUGGACAUACUGGGCUUGUCAGGAUCCUCAUCCAACAUGGUGCUGACCUACUAGCUGUCAAUUCUGAUGGUAACAUGCCCUAUGAUCUUUGUGAAGAUGAUCCCACACUUGACAUCAUUGAAACAGCCAUGGCCAAUCGAGGAAUUACGCAAGAUAUGAUAAAUGAAACUCGAGCAGCAGCAGAGAGGAGGAUGACGAAAGAUAUCCAGAAUCUUCUACAUGAUGGAAAGGACAUCAAUCAACCGGACUCACAGGGAGCUACUCUGCUGCACAUUGCAGCAGCUAAUGGUUACAUGGAGGCAGUGGAGCUACUACUGGAGGGAGGAGCAUUGAUGAACUUAAUAGACUCUGAUGGGUGGCAGCCUUUACAUGCGGCAGCCUGCUGGGGACAAUUGCAUGUAGCAGAGCUGUUGGUGUCUCAUGGGGCCAGUCUAAAUGCCAAAACCUACAUGGAGGAGACACCUAUAGACCUUUGUGAAGAUGAAGACUUCAGGAAUCAUCUCCUGGACUUGAAACACAAACAUGAUGUUAUCAUGAAGUCGCAGCUGCAGCACAAGACCUCACUUUGUCGUCGCACAAGUAGUGCAGGCAGCCGCGGGAAGGUGGUGCGGAGGGCUAGUCUGUCACUCAGACACAACCUAUGCCAAAAAGAGUAUGAAACAGAGGCUAUUGUAUGGCGAGGUGGAAGAGAGGAAGAGGAGGAGAGAGAGAAGGAGUCUGAUCAGGAAAACAGCCACACAGUGAAGUCUGUGAAGUGGCACAGAGCAAAUCAUAUCUUAAAAGAUGGUGAUCAACAAACUUACUCUGUCUCAACUAAAACCUGCAUUAGAGCUUCUUCCACUUCUAAUAGAAACUCAUUGACUCCUGAAGCGAGUUUGACUACCUCUAAGGACUCUUGGACCAGGAAUCGUGCUCAGACACUUUCUGAACUCAAAAAACAGCGAGCUGCAGCCAAACUUCUUAGUCAUCCCAUUCUCAAUGGUCACAUUAACAAUGGAUCCAUGGCUGCAAAAAAGGCUCAGAACAGUUAUGAGGACCACUGCAUGCCAGUUGUCUCCUCCAAUGGCAACACAAUUUAUUUCACUCUUGCUAGUGGAGACCCCCCUCUCCUCAAACUCAAGCAACCAAUAGAGGAGGAGGAAGAGACCAAUAGUCACGGAUGCUGCUGCAUUUCAUAGGUCAAAUAGUGGGCCAUGUCACAGCAUCAUGGAGCAGCUAACUGAAUGGACACUGUGGGAAAACUGAAUUCAAAUAAGAGCUGAAAGCAAACCCUAGCUGAUAAGGCAUGUAGGUCUUAACAUUGCGUAAAUGGCACAAACAAUUAAAAUAUAAGAAAUACAUAAAAUAUUUGAUUUUAUUUAAAUCUGUAUUGCACUUGCCUUUGCAUAACACUGUUUACCACAAGCAUGCUGCCAUUCUUUUCUAGUCUUCUUAUUGUUAUGAAAUGUACAUCAGCACCUUUAUUGCCAAUCAGCUGAAAAUUAAAUAUCUCUCUCUCUCACAUACACACACAUGCACACAUCAGCCAUAACAUUAAAACCACCUGCCUAAUAUUGUGUAGGUCCCCAUUGUGUCUCCAAAACAGCUCUGACCUAUUGUGGCAUGGACUGCACAAGACCUCUGAAGGUGUCCUGUGGGCUCAGGCACCAAGAUGUUAGCAGCAGAUCUUUUAAAUUCUGUAAGUUGCGAGGUGGAUCCUCCAUGGAUUGGAUUUGUUUUUCCAGCACAUCCCAGAGAGGCUUGAUAAGAUUGAAAUUCGGGGGACUUUGGAGGCCAAUUCAACACCUAGAAUGUUUCAUUAUGUUCAUCAAACCAUUCCUAAACAUUUUUGCAGUGUGAAAGAGGCCACUGGCAUUAGGGAAUACCAUUGCCAUGAAGGGAUACACUUGAUUUGCAAAGUUUAGGUAGGUGGUACAUGUUACAGUAAUUGCUACAUGAAGGCCCAGACCCAAUGUUUGCAUGUAGAAAUGGUCCCAGAUCAUCACACUGCCUUCACUGGCUUGUCAUCUUCCUAUAGUGUAUCCUGGUGCCAUCUCUUCCCCAGGUAAGCAAUGCACACGCACCCAGCUGUCCACAUGAUAUUCACUAUUGUAAGAACUGUCACAAGUGGACUGGGUUCAGCAUGAGCACUUUGAUGUGUUUGUGGUUACACCGUCUCUCAUGCAGCAGGUCAAGUCAAAUGUAUUUAUUUACAAGGUUUUCACAAAGCAGUUUUACAAAUGUAUGGGUGCAGGUCCUUA